GACCAACAGUAACACCAAGGGCAGGUGGGCAGGCCUCAGUCCUCCUCCCCCACCCCAGGGCCCACUGCAGCCUCAGCCCAGGAGCCACCAGAUCUCCCAACACCAUGGUCCGAUACUGCGUGAGGAGCCUGAGCGAACGCUUGCACGAGGUGUACGGGCAGCAGUUGCAUGGGCAAGACCAAGGACACCACGGCCAAGAGGAGCAAGGGCUGAGCCCGGAGCACGUCGAGGUCUACGAGAGGACCCACGGCCAUUCUCACUAUAGGCGCAGGAACUGCUCUCGAAGGAGGCUGCACCGGAUCCACAGACGGCGGCAUCGCUCCUGCAGAAGGCGCAGAAGACGCUCCUGCAGGCAGCGGAGGAGGCAUCGCACAGGUCUGCCUGCGCCCCGGCCUUGCUCUGCAUGUCCCUGACCACCCCAGGCUGCAGAACCAGGAGGAGAAGAUGCAGAAGGCACUAAGCUUCCUGCACCCCUCACCCCCAGCUGGAAAUUAAGAAAAAGUCGCCCGAAACACCAAGUGAGGCCAUAGCAAUUCUCCUACAUCAAAUGCUCAAGCCCCCAGCUGGAAGUUAAGACAAAGUCACCUGCCCAAGAAACACCGAGUGAGGCCAUAGCAACUCCCCUACAUCAAAUGCUCAAACCUUGAGUUGCCGCUGAGAAGCCCACAAGAUCUGAGUGAAAUGAGCAAAAGUCACCUGCCCAAUAAAGCUUGACAAGACA